UGCUGGUGUCCUCCCCCGCUCCAUUCGUAGCCCCUGCACGAUGAGCCAGGCCCUGUCCACCCGCGCCGUGGCCUUCAAGGCCGCCGCUCAGGCUCGCCCGGCCCGGCGCAGCACCGUGCAGGUGGUGGCGUCCGCGGAGAGCGUCCAGGCCCACGCCAAGAAGGCCGCUGCGCUUGCCGCGUCUGUGCUGGUGGCUGGGUCUGCCAACGCCCUGUCCUUCGAUGAGCUGCAAGGGCUGACCUACCUGCAAGUGAAGGGCUCCGGCAUUGCCAACACCUGCCCCACCCUGGAUGGUGGCUCCGCUAACAUCAAGGACCUGAAGCCCGGCAGCUACUCGCUGGGCAAGUUCUGCAUGGAGCCCACCAGCUUCACCGUCAAGGAGGAGUCCCAGUUCAAGGGCGGCGACUCCGACUUUGUGUCCACCAAGCUGAUGACCCGUCUUACCUACACCCUGGAUGAGAUGAGCGGCUCGUUCAAGGUGGAUGGCAGCGGCAACGUGGAGCUCAAGGAGGAGGACGGCAUUGACUAUGCCCCCGUCACCGUGCAGCUGCCCGGCGGCGAGCGUGUGCCCUUCCUGUUCAGCGUCAAGCAGCUGGAGGCCAAGGGUAACGCUGAUGGCUUUGGCGGCGAGUUUGUUGUGCCGUCCUACCGCGGCUCUACCUUCCUGGACCCCAAGGGACGCGGCGCGGCCACCGGCUACGACAACGCCGUCGCCCUGCCCGCUGCCUCUGAUGCCGAGGAGUUCCUGAAGGAGAACAUCAAGUCGACCGCGGCCAUGAAGGGCCAGGCAGUGUUCUCCAUCGCCAAAGUGGACCCCGUCACUGGCGAGAUUGCGGGCGUGUUCGAGUCUGUGCAGCCGUCCGACACUGAUCUCGGUGCCAAGGCCCCCAAGGACGUGAAGAUCACCGGCCUCUGGUAUGCCCAGCUGUCGUGAGCUACACGAUCUAAUUUGAGCUAAAUGAGAAGAACAUGGCUUACACGCCCCCGAGCUCAGUUUUUUUUGUACUUCUAACUAGGAUCAAAUGUGUCGCACUGCACGUGUAAUCGUUGGGAAGCUAUGCAGCUGAAAAUGAAACCUGCACAAACACAAUUUUGUGCGAAUAAACACACAAAGUGGAUGCUGGGAUCUGGUGUGAGAGCAACAGCCAGUGGUGGUUGCCACACCCAGCUCUUCCUGUGGGCAACCCACCUUGGCAGUUGCAGGUGGGGCUUUGCCGACCCUUCCAUCACUGCCGCU